AUGCCGACGGUUCACCUACUCGACUAUGUCGCCGGCAACGUGCGCAGCCUGGUCAAUGCCAUCGAGAAAGUCGGCUACGAGGUGGCCUGGGUCAAGACGCCUGAAGAGGUCGCAAAUGCAGAGAAGCUGAUCCUCCCUGGUGUCGGCCACUUUGGCCACUGCCUGUCCCAAUUGGCCUCUGCCGGGUACCUGCCCGCCAUCCUCGCGCACAUCGAGUCCGGCAAGCCCUUUAUGGGCAUCUGUGUCGGCCUCCAGGCCCUGUUCGAAGGCUCCGUUGAAGAUCCGGACUGUCCAGGACUUGGAGUGAUCAAGGCAUCCCUCAACCGCUUCGACGACACCGACAAGUCCGUGCCACACAUCGGCUGGAAUAACGCAAAUACCUCCGGGCUGGCGCUGUACGAUUUAAGGCCGAGUUCGAAAUACUACUACGUCCACAGCUACAAAUACCCAUAUACAAAAGGAGAGCUAGAAAGUCAAGGAUGGUCCGUGGCGACAGCCACUUACGGCAAUGAGACAUUUGUCGGCGCUGUAGCCAAGGGAAAUAUCCUCGCUACACAAUUCCACCCGGAGAAGAGCGGCGUCGCUGGACUGCGGGUGAUCAAGGCCUUCCUUACCGGCGAAGGAGCAGAGGCUGUCGGCAGCACACUUCCUGCGACGGGAUCAAACGGCGCGCCGGCCCACGGCGUCUCGGAGGGCCUCACACGGAGAGUCAUAGCGUGUCUGGAUGUGAGGACGAACGACCAAGGUGACCUUGUCGUCACCAAGGGCGACCAGUACGACGUCCGCGAAAAGUCAGGGACCAAGAACGUCCGCAACCUGGGCAAGCCGGUCGAGAUGGCGCGCAAGUACUACGAGCAGGGCGCCGACGAGGUGACCUUCCUGAACAUCACGAGCUUCCGCGACUGCCCGGUGGCGGACCUGCCCAUGCUCGAGAUCCUGCGCCGGACCUCGCAGACGGUGUUUGUGCCGCUGACCAUCGGCGGCGGCAUCCGCGACACGGUCGACGUCGACGGCACCAAGGUCUCGGCGCUCGACAUUGCCACCAUGUACUUCAAGAGCGGCGCCGACAAGGUCAGCAUCGGCUCCGACGCCGUCCUCGCCGCCGAGGAGUACUACGCCAACGGCCGCCGGCUGUUCGGCAACACGGCCAUCGAGCAGAUCUCCAAGGCGUACGGCAACCAGGCCGUCGUCGUGAGCGUCGACCCCAAGCGCGUGUACGUGCCCAAGGCGGACGCGACGCGCCACAGCACCGUCAAGACCAGCUUCCCCGGGCCCAAGGGCGAGGAGUACUGCUGGUAUGCGUGCACGAUCAAGGGCGGAAGGGAGACGAGAGACAUGGACGUCGUGGAGCUGGUGCAGGCCGUGGAGGCCAUGGGCACGGGCGAGAUCCUGCUCAACUGCAUAGACAAGGACGGCACCAACAGUGGGUUCGACCUGGAGCUGAUCAACCAGGUCAAGAGCGCGAUCAAGAUUCCCGUGAUAGCCUCGAGCGGCGCCGGAAACCCGGGCCACUUCGAGGAAGUAUUUGACAAGACGCCAACGGACGCUGCGUUGGGGGCUGGCAUGUUCCACAGGGGCGAGUAUACAGUGAAGCAAGUCAAGGACUACCUAUCAGAAAAGGGGCUCGUAGUACGGCAAUUUGAAGGGGAUCUGUGA